AAACAAAUACAGCAUGUCAAAAAUUAUUUAAUUGCUUCUUAAUAACCAAUCUUUAUACAUGUUGCAGCAAUACAGUCUUUUUUGGGGGGUGAUUUAUUUAGGCUGAAGUUGAAAGAGCUACUUGUCAUCACCCUAAUCUUUAGCUUUCUCCACAUAUCCUCUAUCAGUUUUAGGAUUUCAAAAUGGCAAUAUUACUUCCAGCCAGAAGAAACAUAUUGGCAAUACAAAAAGAUCACUUUGAACCUGAUUCUGCAAGGGGUGUGAAUAGUUUUUAGCUGAAUCAAGGUUAAGUUUUCCCAUUGCUUUUAAGGGACACAAAACCACCUGCUUUCAAUCAUUUCUGGCUGCGAUAGAAACGGACCAUGGAGUGAAAAGUAAUAGUCAUUCAUUUUGCAUAAAUAUUUCAUAAAUCUGUGAUAUUUUGCUCAAAGUUUUCACACCAUUAGUCUCUCAUUCCAACCCAAGGUGACAUUUGAGACUGAAAUCGCACACUCAGCUUUCUGUGAUAACAAAACAAGCCCAAUCAUCAGCCCCCCACCACCGUGCUUAACAGUUGGUGCAUUUUCUGCUGUGCUUUCCAAGGACACUUCAUAAUGUCAAACAUAUUAUUGUUUAUUUGAAGUUUCAUCUUCCGCCUUUGAACAAUUUUGAACAAUUACUUUUGUUUUUUUUUUAAAUCAAAACCGUAAUGUUUGUUUGGAUGUGAGGAGGAUCUAUGCUCACCUAAUAAAAAGCAACAUUACUUGUGGAGGCUCGAAGACAAACCUGUUACAAUGUUGUAGAUAUAAACUAAGAUGGGAGGAAUAAGUCUAUAUUGUGUUUCAAAAACCUAAUUAAAAAAAAAAAAAAAAAAAAAGCUUGUCAGAAACAGGGAUGAGUUUGGGAUUUAUCUACUCCCAGCCAAUCAGCCACGUCCUCUAAGACUGGAUGUGGAGGGAAAAAAGAAACUAAAUUACCCAACAGGCGUCAUCCCAGCCUCCUUUCCCCAUCAUUAAGCUGCUAGAGUGCCACCUACUUUCCACGAUCCACCCGCCAGCAGCGUGGUCCACGCCCAUAAUGUGCGUAUGGGUUCACGCCACCUUCUCGUGCGAUGAAAAAAAAAAACAACAACCUUUUUUUCCCCAACUCAGAACGGUCAAAAUACUAUUCUUUCCCCCCUCGUAUAUUAAAGAGUAGGAGGUGCAUUUUACAUUCUGUCAAAUAUAACAUUUCUUUGUUGAUCAAAAUGUUUUUGUGGCGUUAGUUUUAAUGAAGUGAUGAUAUGACAAACGACCGCAUAACAAACAGUGCCCACGUUUUUUACAUAUAAAUAUAUAUAUAAAUAAUUUGAACGCGACAACUAUGGAAACGUUAGAAUAAACACGGAUAUAGCAUUUUAACAUCUAAUUGAAGAUGAAAAAGUUUUCACCGACUUCCCGUGAACGCGCCGUUAGUCCGGACUAGAGAGGGGGGAGGAGGGGGGGCGUGGGCGUGGGUUGACCGGCUUUCUCGGAGGCUCAGACACAAUGAACCGUCAGACGGAGAGGGGCACGCGCGUUGGGCCCGGGGCAUUAGCAUGAUUUUAGAACAUUAAUAUUUUUAGACGUGCCUUGAUAUUGUUUUGUAAACUUCCUCUUAAACUGCUGACACACCAUAUGACCGCAUCAACUCUCGACUGGAAGCAGGUUGGACGUCGAGUUUGAGGAGAACGAGGUCGGGAUCAGACCAACGUCACAGUUUGCCCCUCCUAGCGAGACUUUUCGUUCUUUUCCCCCCGCGGACACACACACACACACACACACACACACACACUAAAAAAAACCGAAACCAAACAAGAUAAAAAAUGUCGCUGCCUGCUUCGUCUGAUUACUUCGCCGCGGAGUGUCUCGUCUCGAUCUCCAGCGGUCCCGUACUGCACAGACCCACUCCGGUGGCCCCCGCCAGCCAGCCCGCCCCGGUGGGCCUUCACCCCGGGGAGCCCGACGGGUCGAGCGAGGACAGGGAAGUUCGAGAGACGCUGAGGCUGGAGGGAACCAACAUGAUGACGGUGGCCGGGAUCCUCACCGACCUGCACAGCAAGUUCCGCCCGAUGUCGGCCUACUCGGAGAGCAGCAACUCCUCGUGCGGUGGGGAGAGCGGGUACACCACGUUGUCCGACCCCACCACCCCGACCAUGACCCCCUCCGCAACACCCGUCCCCGGACAGCAGCAGCAUCAUCUCCAGCAGCAGCACCACCGAGGGGCCGGGGGAGUCGGGCCUCCGCGGUCCCCCGUCAAGCGACAUCAGUGCACUUUUGACGGAUGCGACAGAGUUUACGGGAAAUCAUCGCACCUGAAGGCUCACAUCCGGACACACACAGGUGAGAGGCCUUUCCCCUGCACCUGGCCCAAGUGCGAGAAGAAGUUCGCACGCUCUGAUGAGCUCGCCCGCCACACCCGCACCCACACGGGGGAGAAGCGCUUCCUGUGCCCGCUGUGCGACAAGCGCUUCAUGCGCAGCGACCACCUGAUUAAGCACGCCCGCCGCCACCCCGACUUCCAGCCCUCCUUGCUGGCUCGCUGCAAGGCCACGCCCACGUCUUCCCACCAACCCGCCCACACCUAGGAGGGCGCUUAGGUGAUGUCCGUUUCAAAGUCAACCAGCUACAAUCAAAUCCACUGGGCCGUACUCCAAAACACACAUGCACACACACGCAAGGAAGAGGUGAACAUCUAAGAAAUCUCCCCAUUUCAGUCCUCACUUACCCAAAAAAUUAACUCUUCGGACCUAGCGCUCUUCCGCUUGCGAUUCCUGGUUGCACACGCGUGUAUAGAAGUUUACAGAACAGCAGAUUGGACUAAGCCUUCUGAGGUGUUAGAGCUUUACUGCAGGCGGGUAGAAAUUACGCAGCGCUGCGUGAAACUGAACAUAUGCAAGAACAAAAGAGGAAGUGCUUUUAGAGAUUCACCACAGAAUGGCAGAUGGAUGGAUUUUCUCCAGAACAUAAUUGGUUCCUCACCACCACCCUGAAAUUUAAAGGUACAAAACACCUGUAAAAUUCAAUCAUACCAAGAAACAUUCCUGAAGCUUGCCUCCAACAUAACGUUAAUACUGUUUCCACCUUUUCUAACCAAAAAAAAAAACCCACAACUCACAGAAUACCUCAUUGUUUAACGCAGGUUCACGGCAGCACAAUCAGUUUCAGUCCUGAUGCUUUCUCUUUAGCUUCAACGAGAACGGUGGAGUGCAUCCUAAGCCAUAGAGAACUCCGAAUCCUAACGUCUCAGAUUCAAACACUUUUUUGCAAGUUGCAGGGAUUUUUCACAUUUUCUUUCAUUUCUGUAAAAAAAAAAAAAGAAAAAAAAAAGAUGAUGUUCAUACUUCUCCUCAUUGAGAUUUUCACUGGUUUCUCAUGGUUCAUCCUUAGGGCUAAGCGUUAAGUUUGUGAUAUUAGGUAGCCGGGCGGUGACUAGAACUUUUUUUAAAUUUUUGCUGUUGCUUUGCUUUUUUUGAGUCCUAGCGAUGAACCAUUCAUGUUUAUUCAUUAGUAGUGACUAUAUGUGGAAUAUCUUGUCGAUAUUCCCAUCCGAUCGCAUCGUUUGGUCGGGAAGCAGAACACACCUCUCUGUAGACAAGCAGUUUGCACACCACUCUGAAGGCUAGAAUCAUUAUCUUCACAUAAUACGCAGCAGUGUUAUGUCUAAUAUUGAUGCAAUUGUAUAUAAGCUUUAAGCUUUUAAUGUAGAAUAAAUGGUAAUGCUACUAGCAGCAGAAAUUAUACAUGUAGUCCUUAUAUUAGGGGUAAUAUUAUGCUAGAUAGGUUGGCAUUGCCAGUGAGAGUUGGUGUGUGUGUUUUGUUUUCUUUUUUUUCUCUUUAUAAUUUGAAAGGAUAGUGAUUGAAAUUGUAAGUGUGUGCGUGUGUAAAAGUUGGACUUUUUUUUUUUUUUACUUUUCUCGGCGGGGAAGAGAAUGGAUGUGUGUUUAGCUCGGUGCUGCCUUCAGAUUAAAAGCAUUCGAUCCUCUGGCUUUGUCGGACCAGAUGGUAGAAUGUGUGGAAGUGCGUGGGAUCAGGUGUGCCAGAUGGAUUUUUUUCCCCCCUCUCCUUCUUCUUCGACUUCUUUUUCUUCCAGUGCAGAUAAACAAGUCGUACAGGUCCCACUGGAAGAAUAAUCUGAUUGCAACAGUUUUUUUGUUUUGUUUUGGUUUUUUUGUGGAAAUCCAAACAUGGUUGCUAGGCAUUUGGAUCAUCGGCACUGAAGAAAAGCUGGUGUCAGUAAUAAGAUGCAAACAAAACAUGGCUGCCUUCACUUGACCAAAGGAAAGCAGCCAACAAUUCUGACUGCUACAUUGUCAGACCCGAUGUGUUAACAAAACAAAAAAAUAGUAGCAGCUUUUAUUAGCCUAAUAAGUUCAGUCUGGUGCUGCUUGCUUUGCUGCUUUGUCAUUAUGCAUAGUAACAGUUUUCAUCACGCUUCAGUCAAAAUUUCAGUGGAGAAGAAAGAACAUGCAGUUCAUUCCUACACUGUUGCAGCCAGACAUUCACUGAUAUGUGGAAGAGUAUUAUGGCUCCUGGCAAAAAAAAAGGAUUCAUGAAGUCAGAUUUCUGGGAAAAAAGUUGGAAUUCUGGGAUUAAAGUCAGAUUUUCAUUCAUUAUUAUUAUUUCCCAGAGGCCCCAAAUCCUCCUCCAUAGAUAUCAGUUAGAACUUGUAGGGAAAAACAGGUUUUGUGGGUACAAUACAUGUUAUUUACCAGCAUGAAGUUGCUACUAGUUUACUUUGCGCACUGAGCACAUUAAUUAGCAUAUGGUCCAUUUUGGGUUACAUUAAUUUACUUUUUCCCGACUCAAUGCACAAAUUAUCGGAAACCCACUGCAACUAUAAGUAGAGGGAUGGGAACUGUAAUUCCUGGCUGUUAUAUCGGGGAACAAAAUGGCGAAGCAGCAAAGGUAACCCAGAACCAUUUUUGUCAAACGAAAACGUACCAAAUAAAACGUUUAAAACCUGCCGCAUAAAACCCUCCAAAACAUUAGAAAGAAAAGCAAAUCAUUCAGGAAUAAGAAGGAGCCGGCAUUACAUUUUUAAGGAAAGACUAAAAAUGACCAAAGUAUUGUAGUAAUUAUUGAAAAAUACAGUUACGUCAAUGUUAUUUGUAACAUUCAAAAUGCCUUGACAUACCUUUAGCAGGUGAGCACGCGCCCCUUUUUCAUACUCCACCCGAACAGGCGUUUUACUCCGAGGUACAGUUUUCACUAAAGCCUCCAGAGGGCGACGUAGAGCUGGGAAGAGACAAAAAAAAGGAAGCGAACGAAGCUAGACUCGAUGUAUCCUCCUCCCUGCGAGAUGAAUAAUCCCCACGGGGAAAAUGACAAAUCUCUCUUCGCUCCUUUCCUUAAAAACAAGCGUUGUUGUUGGUUGUUGUUGUUGUUGUUGUUCUUCUUCUUCUGCUCAAGAUUUAGCUUUUUUUGUGUGAAUGGCGCUACCUUUUGGUUGGGUGCUUUAUUGUUGCUGUCGAAGCGGGCAGUGGGCGCAGUUUGGAGCAACAGGUUCACUGCGCCACUUCCUGUUGCAUCACAAGUAAAGGGGCUUUUAACCGAAAAAUUUUCGCGACUGAAAAUUUGAGUCAUUCUGAAAAGCGGACCUUGGUACCAGUAACCGGGCCACGUAUGUUCAGGAGUUUUUGCUCAAGGUGAAGCCAGUCUGUCUUUCGUGUCAGUGAUUCCUACACUGUUUAUCCCACAUUCCUUUUGUCUCAGCGACCAGUUCUAUCAGGAGACGUUUGAAAGCCUUGAGCAUCGUCAUGACUACUUAUUCACCGUGUUUACAGCUGCAUCAUCACAAAGGUGGAUAUUCCAUCAGAAACAUGCAAGAUGGCACUUCUUUUUUUUUUCCCUGAAAGAUGCACAUGGCUGAAGAGUGGAAUGGCUUGCACUGUGACUGAGUCUCUACAAGCACGCACUGUGGAAACUUUGCUAAUGUUUAUAACAAAUGGUUUGUAUAAAAAGAGAAUAAAACUGCCUUUUCCCCAUUUGCUUUAAAAAGCGAGAUAAACGAACCGGGUAGUCGUUGCUUUUAUUAUUUUUGUUGUUUUUCUUUUUAGUCUAACCUAGUUAUCCAGGCCAUUUCUUCUUGUGGAAUUUCUUUCGUAGAUGAUUGUUGUACCUUGAUCCUCCGACGUAAUCUCUUCCGAUUCAAGAUGUCUUCCUCUCUAUUUUUCACAAACGGCAGCAGUUCAAUGUCGGUUCCGUGUCAGUGGGAACCCGUUGAAGUAAAAAAAACAAACAAAAAGAAAGCAACACUGAUAUUUUUAUACACUUUUUUUUUCUGAAGGAGGUUUACUGCUGGCAGUAACCUACCAACACAUGGACUGUUUAAAACAAAAGGAACAAACACAAUCUACUUCUGUUUUCAGAUGUCCUGCUGUCUCUCAUGGCAGGUGGACGAGUCAGCUGACUCUUAUAGCUAUAAAAUCACAAGAACAUACCUCACAGUUUUACUUUGUUUUGCAGCGUCGGUGCAGAUUCCCUCCAACCCUUUCUUUCCAGUAUUCCCAGCUUGUCAUUUAGCCUCUAGUUUUCCAAAGUUAGCUGAAGUCCUUUCCAACGGAUAAAUCAUUCAACUUCCUUUAGGCUUUGGCUACAGCAGGGGUUUUUUUUCUAAUAAAGGGUUUAAGUCAACUGCUGGUUAAUGGAGUGACCUAAAAGGGGAAAUGAUUAGAACACAAAGUCUCAGUUUUGUAGAAGACAUUAUCCAGUUUGGAUGAAUCUCUUUUUUUAUAUUAUUAUUAUUUUCUUUUCUGCUUUGAGGGACAACGAUAUCUCAACCACACUAAUUCAGUUAUGCACACUGUACAGGAAGUGGAUGUGCUGUAUUUUUAUGUUUUAUGAUGGCUCAUUUUUCUACAAUGUUGGUUUUUUUUUUUAAAAAAAGCUCUCCUAUUAAAGCUUUAGUUAAGGUCAUUUGGAAGAACUGUGGAAUUAAAUAAUAGCUACAAAUGGCUGUUUUUUUAUAUUUAUAUUCUCAGGUGUCUUAAAAUUGUAAGAUUUGAUUUUUUUUUAAGCAUUGGAGUUUCAAAAUUUUCCUGUGCAGCACCGAUGUAUAAGCAUUUUAUUACUUUUGUUUUGCUGAUUAAUUUAUUACAUAUCAAAGACACAUCAUUUAUGUGGUUUGUUUUCAUAACACAUUUUGUCAUAUGGGACUGUACUAAUAGUACACUGUUUCAAUGUUUGUUUUACUAUUUCUUUUUUUUUUUUAAAUAAAAAGUCUGACGU